CUCUCCUUACAACUUCCGUGGUACGAGCAAAACAUUUCGUGCGCGCACUUGCCGCUGACCCAUAGUCUGUAUAAAGAUUUAUUUUUAUUAUUAGUAGUAGUAGUAGUAGUAGUAUUUUAUACAGUGUCUGAGCAAGCGUCCACUGCGCUAUUAUCAGGGGCGGGGCAACGGGGAACACAACGGACACGAAACCUCUAAUAGAAAAAAAAAAAACACUGAACACACACACAUUGUACUGCUGUCAUCGGUCACAACUUACAGUAAAAAACAAUGCGCAGGCAAACAGAGAGACAGGUAUUCUCUGGGCCCUCUCCAUGCGCUCCCUGAACGCUAAAACCAUCGGUUUUUAACUACCAGCGAGACACGCCGGACAUAAGCUUUUCAGACAAGACUAAUCAAGCUGACGAAGCUCGAUUAGUCUUGCCAGGCUUACGAGUCGAUUCCCGAUCAACCUACUGAGCAAAAAUGGCGGAUGACAAGGAUCCUCUGAAAAAGCUGAAAGACUUAACGCAGCUCAAAAGUCAGUUGGAGGAGAUUCAGAGGCGAGUAGAAAACGAAGUCUCUGCAGGAAUCCCCCAGGGAAGCUCUGUGCUGGGCUCUCCGUUUCUGAAGGGCUUUUUGGCCGGCUAUGUGGUGGCCAAGCUGCGGUCCUCUGCCAUCGCUGGGGUGCUGCUGGGAACAGUCACUGGCAUAUACGCGGCACAGAACUAUCAGGUGCCCAACAUCGAAAGGACCGUCAAAGAGUUAAUGAACAGCUUCAAAAAAGGACCAAAGUAAUUUGGGCU